UAGUCUUCUUUUCUAUUGUUAUAACAUCAUUGAGACAGGAAGAAAAAGCUAAGAAAGCCAUGAUAUUCCCAGUAUCAGUUAUUGUAAAACUAGCGGACUGGCUCUUGUACCGGCUUCUGGCUAACUCAUGUUAUAGGGCUGCAAGGAAGAUGAGAAGCUAUGGGUUCUUUUUGAGGAACCUAUCUUCUAAGUCAUCAGACUCAUAUCUGCAGCAACCUCCUUUGUUUCCUAGUGUGACCAAGUGUGAUUUAGAAAAUAGAGGUUUUGAUACAUUGGUUUGUGACAUAAAUGGAGUCUUGUUACGAUCCCAAUCUUUUUUUCCUUAUUUUAUGCUAGUUGCUUUUGAAGGCGGUAGCAUCUUUAGAGCAUUUUUGUUGCUUUUGUCAAGUAUUUUCUUGUGGGUUUUUGACUAUGAGCUCCAGUUAAGGGUUAUGAUUUUCAUUUCCUUUUGUGGCCUUAAAGUAAAAUAUAUGGAAAAUGUGAGUAGGGCUGUUUUGCCUAAGUUUUACCUUGAAAAUCUCAAUGUUCAUGCUUAUGAGGUUUUGGCUUCAGCUGGGACUAGGGUUGUCUUUACAAGUGUACCUAGAGUGAUGGUAGAGGGCUUUCUUAAGGAUUAUUUGAGAGUUGAUGGUGUUCUCGGAACUGAGUUGCAGUCUGUUGGGGACUACUUUACCGGUUUAGUAUCUGGGUCUGGUUUGGUUGUAAAGCAUAGAGCUCUUAAAGAGUAUUUCCGAGACAAAAAACCUGCAAUCGGCCUUGGAAGUUCAAGUCUUCAUGACCGCAAUUUCGUCUCCCUUUGCGAGGAAGCUUAUGUGGUGAACAACGAAGAUAACAAGAACAGUACUGCAUCUUCAAUAAUGCCAAAGAACAAGUACCCAAAGCCUCUGAUAUUCCAUGAUGGAAGGCUAGCAUUCUUGCCCACUCCAUUUGCAACUCUUUUCAUGUUCAUGUGGCUUCCACUUGGAAUAGUUCUAGCCAUCUUUAGAAUCUUAGUGGGUAUUGUCUUUCCUUAUAAGUUAGCCAUCUUGUUGGGCACUUUGAGCGGUGUGAGAAUCACGGUCAAAGGGUUCAACUCUUCAUCAAAUGCGGAUCAUAGAAACGGAGUCCUAUAUGUAUGCACUCAUAGGACCCUUUUGGAUCCAGUUUUCCUCAGCACAACUUUAGGUAAGCCUUUGACUGCAGUUACAUAUAGUCUAAGCAGAAUGUCUGAUAUUAUAGCCCCAAUUAGAACGGUGAGGUUAACGAGAGACAGAAAAAAAGACGGAGAAACAAUGCAGAAAUUGCUUAGCGAAGGGGAUUUGGUGGUGUGCCCUGAAGGAACCACAUGUAGAGAGCCUUACUUGUUAAGGUUUAGCUCAUUGUUUGCAGAGUUAGCUGAUGAGAUUGUCCCUGUAGCGAUGAACACACAUGUAGGCAUGUUCUAUGGUACAACUGCUAGUGGAUUGAAAUGCCUGGAUCCAAUCUUCUUCUUUAUGAACCCUAGACCAAGCUAUUGCGUUCAUAUUCUCAGGAAGGUGCCCAAGGAGUUCACGUGUUCUGGAGGGAAAUCUAGUCACGAAGUGGCAAAUUAUAUUCAAAGACAACUGGCCGAUGCUUUGGGAUUUGAGUGCACUACUCUUACGAGGAGGGAUAAGUACUUGAUGCUAGCAGGGAAUGAAGGGUUUGUCCAUGAUAAGGAGAAGGGGAUUCUAGCUACUUAAACAAAUUAAGACCUAAAUUAUUAACUAUAUUUCUAUUCUUUUCUUAUUCUUUUUUCCCUC